ACUGCUGAAUGCUAAUAUGUCUACAAGAGAUGGAGUCUUAGUGACUUAAAACUGAUAGUUACUACUGACAGUACAAUAUAUACUCUAAUAUAGGUCCCUAGAUCAGUGUAACAUCAAUCCUUACUCUUCAAUUUCCAAUUGUUUCAGGAUGGCAUUAAAUGAAAUAGAUGGGCGCGAUCAAUUGGGGGAGCAGAUAGAUUUCACAGAUCAAUUUACAACUGAGCAGAAAUUCAAAGAUCAUACUGAACUCUAUGUAUGGGCGCGAUCUGUGGGGAAGAAGAUUGGCUUUAUUGUGACAACAGCAAAGUCUUCAUUAGGAGAGAAGAAAUUUUUGAAACUAGGGUGUGCGAGAAGCGGAAAAUAUGAACCCUACAAGGGAAAGUGUGCUACAAGGAUUCCAAGAAGUAAAAAAUGCGACUGUCCAUUUUUGCUAAGCGGAAAACCAGAUCCAAAUGAAGGGAAUGCUUGGAUUCUGAAGGUUAUAUGUGGUCGGCAUAACCACGAAAUAUCAAAUUCCGCCCUCAGCCAUGAAGGGGGAAAGCGUAAGACAAUAAGGAGCAGUACUUUAAAAGAGGAACAGUUACUGAAGCGGAAAUUCAAGUCAGCAUCCAUAGCUUUGACCUUAAAAUUUGGACAAUCUGAUAUCCAAACAAAGAAGAGAAUUAUAGAAAAAAUGGACGAGCUCGCAUUUCCCGGUUCUAGCAUUCCUGAAGGGAAAUCUUCUAAGGAAUGGGGUGACAUGCAUUUGUUGACAAAGAUGCCCUCUGAUUUUCAGUCUUUCAUUUGUAACAUAAGAGAUGUCACUCCUUAUGGGAAUUGUGGAUUCCGUUGUUUGGCCAAUUUCUUGGGAAAGACUGAUGAUGAUGCAUGGGAAAAGAUUCGGAAUUCCAUGACAAAGGAAAUGGAAACCAUAGCUGCAACGUACAUGAAUAUUUUUGGGGAAGAUAAAUUUGCACGCGUGAAGCAAGCACUAAAUGUCAAAGUAGGAGAGGAGGAAAAUGGUGAACAUUGGUUUUUGUUACCAGAAAUGGGAGUUGUUGCUGCUACAGCCUUUCAGCUGAUCUUGAUCACGCUUUCGGUUGAUGGUUCAUCUACAUUUGUACCCAUUGUUGGAGCACCACCCACUGAACCGCAUUGCAUAGUACUUGGACAUGUUGACAAGAACCAUUGGGUGCAGGUGAAAUUGGCAGAAGGUCACCUAUUCCCAAAAAUUGUUCCCCUAUGGGAUAUAGGAACUGUGAGUCAGAAGCAAGUGAGUGGAAAGAGUUUUUGAAGGACCGAAUGUCAAUUGUAAGCCCACUGGUUGCAGAACCAUCAAUGGUACAUCUUAAGGACACCCCCAUUAACGAUCUCAGUUCAGUGGCGAGAUAGAAGCAGACAACUGGAAAGAGGGUACAGCGGACCAAAUGCCAAUUGCAAAUUCAACGGUUGCAGAACCACCACUGGUAGAUCUUAAUGACACCUCCGUUAAGGAUCUCAGUUCAGUGUUCGCGGAGAUAGAAACAGACUACUUGAAAGAGGGUACAACGGACCAAAUGCCAAUUGCAAAUUCAACAGUUGCAGAACCAGAAAUUAAGGAGCUCACUCUAAAGGUAUGUUUCUAGUACCUCUUUUUUAUUUAUUUACAGUUCAGGCACAACACCACUUGCAUCUGUCAAUGUUAUUAAUUUUUUAACCUAUAUUUUUUGCAAGCUUCUUCAAACAGAUUUGACAAUAAGAGAAAGACACCAAAACGCCAAGAAAUGCCACAAGAACGCCCAAUAAUCAAGAAGCGAAGAAGAAAGGAAGAAUACAAAAAAGUGAGAUCUCCUGAUACUUCAGGGCUCAGAACAUUUAUUAAUCCGCUGAAAAAGUAUAGACCUUCAUAGUUGGUGAAGUUGUUCUGUGAUAUUCUGGAUUAUUGUUUUGUCUUAUUGAAUUGUUUGAUGUGUCAUCUGGAUAAUUUCCGUAUGUGCAUGAGAUUAGUGUCAAUUAA